AUGGAGUAUCCGGGCUCUGCAUUUGUGGCGGCGCAGGCGGAGGAAAGGAGGAUGGCGCAAGUUGCCCGGCGGUCAUACAUGCCCUCGUGGAUGGCGGACCCCUCCUGGCUGAAGUCCAUCGAGGUCCCCCGAGAAUACAUGACGGGGUUGUCCUUUGAGGAGCUGAGGGAAUCCGUCCGUUUGACGUUUGCAUCGCGGUUGUCUGUCAUCCAAAAGGCAGCUAGAGAAGACACCACCCCGGUGCUUGCAGAAAGUGCACGUCGCACCAUGUCCUCUUGGGCCGAAAACGAUAGGAAAAACGAAAUUGCAUCGUCUCAAAGCUCUCUGAUGUCUCUGUUAGCGGAUGCAAUUAAGGCAGUAACACAACGUACACCGUGGGACCCAGUGGAUUGUGGAACAGAGAUGCGAAAGGAGAUGCUUGCGGUUUUGCUUAAAAGAUUUCUUGAUCGGUCCCUUGAUCCGGGUGCUGUGGGAAUAUUUGCGAAGAACGUCCUCCGUCGUGCCUCCACCACGGAUGUCGCAGAAGAGCUGCAGUACCUUUACGUAGCCUUCACGCAUGACAAAACUUGGAAUGGUGAAGACCCAUACAGACGGUUAGAAAAUUUUAUACAUUUUGCAGACAAUGAAAAGUUUCAGGAACAUUGCCUUGAGGAAGUGAGGCGACGACUUCAUAUGCUGAAUGUAGAAUUGAAUGGGAAAAACAAUAAAGAAAUGCAUGCCAAGAAGGUUUGGGAAGACAUUCAUGGGCCCCAACGUGGCGAAUGCUUUGGCGGGUCCAUCACACUCUCCCUCACUCGCGUACAUCUUAGUGGUAUUUCCGGGAGCGAUGCUUCUAAAAAUGUUGGCGGUGCGAAAAAAAAUCUACCAAAACGCAUCAAAGCAAUUUGGACUCUGCAACAGGAAAGUCAUCGUGUUGCUUCGGCAGUUGUGCCGGGCAAAAGUACUUUGAAAAACGGCACGUACACGUGGCAACCCAAUAGUCGUGCCACAUUGAUGGUUCCGAAGGGCGCCCGUGAGCAUUUCAGGAAUUAUGCCAUUGUUCUUGAGCUUUUUUUGUCCCAGACGUCCUGUCUUUGCUCCCCCUCACGAGGGAAGCCGUUAGCCUCCGCAACAAUCACCGUAGACGACGCUCUUUAUGCGAGUGUAGCACGACCGAACUCCCCACUGCGUACUUCUGCUGCGUCGUCUUUGAAUGAUGCGCCCAGUAAAAGUGGCGGUUGUGAAAAUGAGCCCUUUUCUGAUUGGAAUGUUGGAAUUCGGGGUUAUCAUUUCUCUUCCGUCUUGUUGUCACAAGCCACCACCUCUCAUAAAAACGAAUAUCCAUAUAGUAUUGAAAGUGCAACGACCCUGUGUAGUAUGUGUUGUCUUAACAAUGAUCACAAUGCACGACCCCCUCCAAUCAACCUAGAGGAAGAAGAAAACGUCACCGUACCAAAAGUGGGAUCCGGUAAAAUAUCUCAAGAUGCAUGGAGUAAAGACCAUCACAAUAUGUUUUUACGUCUAGUUGAUAUUUUGGGUGAUAUUGACGACAUUGGUGUGGCAAUUAUUAAGGCAUACUGUCGCCGCUACUUGAUUCACGGGGAACUUGAAACGGUUGCCCUGUUAAGCGCUGUCUGCACGCACUCCAACUUGGCGGACCGAAAUUCUCGGGAUCUAUGCACCAAUUCCGUGGCCCUGCUGGUAAAAUACCGUGGUAAUAUGACGACACAUGUAACAAAGCAGCUUGUAAAGGAGUCACUUGAUGCAACUUAUUCUAACGUAAUUGAUACUUUGUUAUCUUUAGAAGAAAUGAGCUCGGGGUCAUUAACAUCUUCUUCGGCCUUUAAUCCGCAUGAGGCGGGACGAGUGGUAGAGGAACUGAAGAAUAUUCUUCUUCUCAUUGAUAAGGACAUGAAAAUCAACGAUGUCAUUCUUCAGGAGGCGCAACGAGAUACCAAACCCUUGGUAGAGGCGUUGGAAAAAUUGGAUGGACGUGUGUUGCGUGAACAUCGCCGUGGUGUGGUGCGUGAAACCGCGACCGACCUGUUCCUACCGGAUCUUGAGAAACGAGAAGAUGCAGCGCAACUAACCGGCAAAGCUCAUUGCCUGUAUACGUUGAUUACGGAUGUAACUGAAAGAUGCAAACGUGCCUUUUCCUUUGCCAAAAUGUCUGGGUCUUCUUCCGUAAUGGCUGUUACCAUGUGCCGUAUUGAAAGCAUUGUCAACGCCAUGAGUGUCCCACUUCGUAAUGUUGUGACUCGUAUUUUAGCGUGCCUUAUUCGCGCACCUGAACCGGAUCCCCUUGGUGAUACGCUUGGAUUUCUUGUCUCCACAUACGGGUUGGUGAUGGAUCUCGUAGGUGUUCUUGAUCCUGAGGAUGGAACGGCGUCCAUAUGCCGUACUUUAGCAAGUUGCUUUACAGAUUUCUUGUCAUCUUGGUUUCCCUUGUGUGAAAGUCAUAUUUCUGCAUGGAUGUCGAGUAUUGUGACGAAUGAGGCACUGGAACCUCUUAUGCGAAAUACGGUGCAUUUCAACCACUCCCCUGGACUUUUUCAAGAUUUGCUUCAGGCUCUUUUUGCGGUUUUUCUGCGUGUGUUCGCAUGGAGUGAGCCCCGUCAGCAUGAAAUGUACGCCGUACAUUUUUUUAGGCUUGUACAAACAUUAGGAGAAGCAUUCGUUGAUGCCGUUGUUGCACGGGGCCGCACCAGCUCGCAGUUAGAGGAGUGGUUAGUUUGCCUGAGCAACUUGAAUCGCUACCAAAAAAUGGUGCGGGAGUUUGGGGAAAAAGACGUCACACAGCAACUCAUUCCUGUAUUGUGUGACACUGAGAACUUAAUGGAACACCAACGAAGAGUGAUUGCGGAGCAGGCAAGAGCGUCAACAAUGGAGACAAAGGAGGAGUUUGAGAGGCACAUUGGAAGGGUUUUGGAACAGUCCGUGCUGAGUUUUCUGUCAGAUCUCACUGACGCAAGGACUUUAGAAAAGAUGCCUGUGACGUCUUCCGUUAUGAAGGAUUCUGCUCAUCGCUUUAAAAUAUAUGUUGGGAUGCAGUUUCGGACAGCCAAAAAUAACCUUGACGAUGAGCUGUUUGUUGAAUUCCUCAACGAAGUAGUUGUACGAUCGUACUAUGGGGCAUUUCACUCUCUCGCGCUGCGGGAGGGUAAACGACCACUUCCAGAAACUCAUGUGGCGUAUCUGCUCCAUCUCAUGCAAGUUCUUGACCAGGAGAUAGAGUUGCUGGGCGGCAACCUACUGCACACGGAGCCCCUCACCUCGCGGCAACGAAGCGGGCGCAUACUGACGGCACUUUUGGGGCAAUCAAGCCAAGUGCUGGUCCAAAUGGCCAAGACGGAGAGGUUGGAUAGAACUGAACGCGUGCAAGUAAUGCUUCUCUUGCGCUCUCGCACAGACGGCAUUGCCAAGCAGUACUUCACGACGUCUUCUGAUAAAUGA